UUUUCCUUUAAAAGAUUAUUUUUAUUCUUCUGUCUUCAUCUUGUUCGUGUACCGCUCUCUCAAACUCGGGACUAGGGUUAAGGAUUUUAGGCGAAAAAAAAAAACUUUCAGACCAUGGAUAUGUUGAAGAAGCGAAAGCUCGAUGAGAAUGGAAUCUCGAUGCUAAACGAAGGUGUCAUCGGCCCCGUUUCGUCUCGAUUGAUGCCACAUGACGCUAGGAAGAUUAUCGAGCGGUUCUCUACUGAUCAGCUUCUCGAUAUCUUACAAGAAGCUGUUGUACGGCAUCCAGAUAUCCUCGAGAUCGUUAGAUCGACCGCAGAUUCCGAUAUCUCUCAGAGGAAGCUAUUCAUCCGUGGACUCGCGGCGGAGACGACGACGGAAGGUCUUCGUUCUCUUUUCUCCAAUUACGGAGAUCUCGAAGAAGCUAUCGUGAUUCUCGAUAAGGUUACUGCUAAAUCCAAAGGUUAUGGUUUCGUGACUUUUAAACAUGUUGAUGGAGCUCUGCUUGCUUUGAAAGAGCCGUCUAAGAAGAUUGAUGGACGCGUUACGGUUACGCAGCUCGCGGCGGCUGGGAAUCAAGGUACGACGAACUCACAUGUUACGGAUAUAUCCAUGAGGAAGAUUUAUGUUGCGAAUGUGCCGUUUGAUAUGCCGGCGGAUAGGUUAUUGAAUCAGUUUUUGGCUUAUGGGGAUAUCGAGGAAGGUCCUUUGGGUUUUGACAAGAUUACUGGUAAAUCAAGGGGUUUUGCGUUGUUUGUUUACAAGACUGCUGAAGGUGCUCAGGCUGCUCUUGCUGAGCCUAUGAAGGUGGUUGAUGGUAAGAAUUUGCAGUGUAAAUUGGCUAUUGACGGUAAGAAAGGAAAGCCACCAGGUCAAGACGGUGGUGCUGGGGUUGGUCAUGGUCAUGGUCAUGGUCACGGUCACGGUCACGGUGAUGGAAUGGGUAUGGUUCCUCCUUCUGGACCUUAUGGCGCAGCUACUGGUGGUCACGGUGGACCUGCUGGGUUGGGUGCUUAUGGUGGGUAUUCAGGAGGAGCACCGCAUCACAUGAAUUCCACACCAUCAUCAGUGGGUGUUGCUACUGCAGGUGGCUAUGGAGGUGCAUAUGGUGGUCAUUACAGUGCAUACGGUGGUGCAGGAACUGGUGCUUAUGGUGGUCUUGGUGCAGGAUCAAUGGGUGUUUCCGGUGGUGGUUAUGGGCCUGGUUCUGGAACUGGGGCGUAUAGAAUGCCACCCAGUUCGAUGUCUGGUGGUGGUUAUCCAGAGAGUGGGCACUAUGGACAUUCAUCAGCUUCAGCAUAUCCUGGACAGCAUCAGCCUGUUGGUUCCUCUCCGGUGCCAAGAGUUUCUCUUGCAGGAAUGUACCCCAAUGGUCCUCCAAAUUACUGAACGGUUUGUGACAGGGAGAAGAUGCUUUUUGUGCUUAAUGGUGAUUACCUGAUUGCAGCCUCUUUAAAAUCUCUGGAUUGAUGAAUGUAUUGCUGAUUUGAUCUCUCUCUCUCUGCACUUGAUCUGAAUGUGUCUUGGCGUAUGAAAUGCCUAGUUGCUCUAUGACUGAUUAUAGACUAGGAUAUCAUCCUGUAUUUCUUUCAUAGACAUAGUCGGCAGAUUGAUUUUGUUUGUCAGAGUAGUGAGAGUUUUUUAAUAAUAAUAUUGGUGUAUUUUUCUUUACUUUGUAUUGGUUAAUUUUCUUUUACUCGUGUGAGUCUUUGCUACAACAUAGUGACUUGUCUGUGAUCUCUGUGGACAUUCGUUUGGGGUUAACCUACCUACAGAAUCCUUUACUUGACAUAAAGAAAGUGGCACUAGAAGAUUUGCUGUGUGAAUCAUAUGAUUGACUGGUUGAUUCAUAGGAUAAAAGUGUUGAACAUGCACUAUAGCAGCUUGAUAUACUGAGCAAAUUGUAUUGACUUUCAUCUUUUCGAAUCAGACAUGGGAAGCCCUAAUGUCUAUCAGACAUGAUAAAAGUGUCUUGAAGAGUAUGUUUCUUGCUGUCUGAUGUUGCCAUUGUUUGCUUCAUAUGAUAAACAAAUCUCUUUGAUUCUUUGUGGUAUAUAUGCCAAUUUAAAUGAGUUUCUUUCCCCCGGUUCCUUUUGAGUUUUUUCUGUCAGAGAUUUUUAGUUUUUUCUUUCUUUCUUUCUUUCUGAAAAAGGCUUUGUUUGGGCAAUAUCCCAUGGCCAUGGCUACUGAAUUUGACAGUUCUUGCUUUGGUGGCCACAUUAUUACGAGAAAUUGGUAUUAAAUAUUCUCUGGUCCUCUUGGUCUGAAGACAAAGACAUUGAUCUGAUCUCGCUUCUUGUCCACAAACAGACUAGUCGAGUGUCAUUGUUAGGAAUCAUUUUUUCACACUAACUUACAUGACCGCUUUGGUCUUUUUGUUUUUACAUUUCAUUUGGUCCUUGUUUGGCGAUUUCCCGGUGCAACCUUGGGGGUGCGGCUAUAUGACUUUGGGUUGUGUGAGGACGAGGACUACGACUACGAGACAAACUCUUUUCAAAACAUGUAACCUUAAAAUGUGUAUCGCUUCAGUUUGUACGUUUCUUCUAAUAUAACCAACCAUCUUUUUCAAAAAAAAAAAUUGUGUAUUUACCUAUGUAAACCAUCUUUAACAAGAAAUUAUUACCGAACGGUGUGGAGUUUCUACU